GUGGAUAGAUUGGUCGUCUAAAUUUGUUCAGUUCGAGCGCAAUCGGGAAAACAAAGCAAUAAAAAACCCUAACCCUAGCGGGGUUGCAAUCAGAUCGUCCGGUUGCGGGAAUUAGAGGAUGGGUGCAAGUCGGAAGCUCCAGGGCGAGAUCGACCGCGUUCUCAAGAAGGUCCAGGAAGGCGUCGAUGUCUUCGAUAGCAUUUGGAACAAGGUUUACGAUACGGACAAUGCGAACCAGAAGGAGAAGUUUGAGGCCGACCUGAAGAAGGAGAUUAAGAAGCUACAGAGGUACAGGGACCAAAUCAAGACUUGGAUUCAGUCCAGUGAAAUCAAGGAUAAGAAGGUGAGUGCCUCUUAUGAGCAGGCUCUGGUGGAUGCUCGCAAACUCAUUGAGCGCGAAAUGGAAAGGUUUAAGAUUUGUGAAAAGGAGACUAAAACAAAAGCAUUUUCUAAAGAAGGAUUGGGCCAACAACCUAAAACCGAUCCGAGGGAGAAGGCCAAAUCAGAGACAAGGGAUUGGAUAAACAACGUGGUUGGGGAGUUGGAAUCGCAGAUUGACAGCUUUGAAGCUGAAAUUGAAGGGCUAACUUUCAAGAAAGGGAAGGGCAGGCCACCCAGACUGACCCAUCUAGAGACUUCAAUUACUCGGCAUAAGGCACAUAUAAUGAAGUUAGAACUUAUCUUGAGGCUAUUGGAUAAUGACGAGCUGAGUCCUGAGCAGGUCAAUGAUGUUAAAGACUUUUUGGAAGACUAUGUGGAACGCAAUCAGGAGGAUUUUGAUGAAUUUAGUGAAGUUGAUGAGCUUUACAACACCUUACCAUUGGACAAGGUGGAGUCCCUUGAAGAUCUGGCCAUUAUUCCUCCUGGUCUUAUCAAGGGUGCACCGAUGCUUUGCUUGAAGACUUCUUUGGCACCACUCGCAUCUCCAAUGCCUGUAUGUCCUCAAAAUCUUGAGUCAAUGCCCGCUGUUACUUCUACUAAUCAGCUGAGUGUUUCUGUACAAGAGCCAGUUGAAGAUACAGUUUCCCAGGACAGUAAUGCUGAUAACAUUCCUAGAACUCCACCUCCUAAAAGUGGUGCGCUUUCUUCGUCUCCUGCAUCAACGCCAACUGGGAGUCAUGCAACUCCUGUCUCUGCAAGUGUUUCAACUCAUAAUCUGCCCAGUGUGCCAAGUGUUUUGGCCAUUCCAGGUUCGAAUGCUGUUCGGGGUGUCACAGAGAAUGCAGGGGCUGCUAAUUCUUCAUCUCCUGUAAGCUUGUCUGCUUCUGUGAAGGAAGAAGAAUUAGCAAGCUUCCCUGGCCGUAGACCAUCACCAUCUCUUUCUGAUGCUGGACUUGUAAGGGGCAUCAGUCGAGGUGGCUUCUCUGCACCAAUUCCAUCUAGUAUCCCUGUUAGCUCUAGCAAUGUGGCUCCUAGUAAUAGUGCCCUUGGUGCAGUUCCUUCAGUUUCUGAUGUGACCAAGAGAAAUAUAUUGGGAGCUGAUGAGAGAAUUGGGAGUAGUGGUGUGGUGCAGCCGCUUGUUUCCCCCAUAACUAACAGACUGAUCUUGCCUCAAGCUGCCAAGGCUAGUGAUGGAAGUGCUCCAGUUGAUUCUAGUAAUGCUAGUGAGGCUGGUAUACCUGGCAGAGCAUUUUCUCCGUCUAUGGUCUCUGGCAUGCAGUGGAGGCCUGGAAGUUCCUUCCAAAACCAAAAUGAAGCAGGAAUGUUUCGUGGAAGAACUGAAAUAGCACCUGAUCAGAGGGAGAAGUUUUUGCAGCGGCUCCAACAAGUGCAGCAACAAGGUCAUAGUACCAUGCUUGGCAUGCCUCCUCUUGCUGGUGGAAAUCAUAAGCAAUUUUCUGCACAGCAAAACCCACUUUUGCAACAGUUCAAUUCUCAAAACUCAUCAGUGUCUUCUCAAGCUGGCCCUGGACUAGGAGUACAGCCCCCAGUUCUCGGUACUGUUGCACCUACCACCUUACAACAGCAGCUAAAUUCUAUCCAUCAACAGUCUAAUCAACAGCCAUUGAUGUCAAGUGGACAAAAAGAAGAUGCAAGUCAUCCAAAAGUUGAGGACCAGCAACAACAGAAUAUACCUGAUGAUUCUACUGCAGACUCUACCCCUAAUUCUGGACUCGUAAAGAAUCUAAUGAAUGAAGAUGACUUGAGCGCCUCAUAUACAAUUGAUUCUCUGGCCGGAGUUUCUGGCACUUCCACAGAGCCUGCUCAAGUACCACGAGAUAUUGAUCUCUCUCCUGGGCAACCUUUACAAUCCAAUCAACCUUCUGCUAGCCUUGGUGUUAUUGGCAGAAGAAGUGUUUCUGAUCUUGGUGCAAUUGGUGAUAACCUUUCUGGAUCAACUGCUAAUUCUGGGGGAAUGCAUGAUCAGUUGUAUAACUUGCAGAUGCUUGAUGCUGCUUACUACAAACUUCCACAACCCAAAGACUCAGAACGUGCAAGGAGCUAUAGUCCAAGGCACCCCGCAAUAACACCUCUUAGCUAUCCUCAAGCACAAGCACCUAUUGUUAACAAUCCUGCCUUCUGGGAACGGUUAGGUCUUGAACCAUAUGGCACUGAUACGCUGUUCUUUGCAUUUUACUAUCAGCAGAACACUUAUCAGCAAUAUUUGGCUGCAAAAGAAUUGAAGAAGCAAUCUUGGAGAUACCACAGGAAAUAUAACACUUGGUUUCAACGACACGAGGAGCCAAAAGUUGCCACGGAUGAAUAUGAACAAGGGACGUAUGUGUACUUCGACUUUCAUAUUGCAAAUGAUGAUCUACAACAUGGAUGGUGCCAAAGGAUUAAAACAGAGUUCACUUUUGAAUAUAACUAUCUUGAAGAUGAACUUAUUGUAUAGAAGAUGUUGAGAGGAUGCUACAGCGUUGAUCCUGAACCCGUCAUGGUUAGGUUGUAUAGUAAGAAUGGGGCUGGAAAUUCUUUCUUUGGGGCUCUACUUCUUGACCGAGUACAGCUUGCUUACUAGGCUUAAUGUUAUUGGUCGUAUCGAGUGUUUUAGUCUUUCAACUGUAAUGAAAUACAACAAAUACACUGCUUGCUGUUUCUUCAAAACUCCUCUUAGUCGAGUUGCCGCGUUGGUCGUGCGCGGUAUAUCA